GCUGUAUCGUUAGAUAUUUUCGGUCCCGAACCCCUGUCUCACCAGAAUAUAACGAUAUCCUCGCGAUAUCGUUAAUUUUUCUCGGUCCCGAGGCAAUAGUUAUAUCGAGGUUCUGCUGUAUCGCCCAUCUCAAGAAUCUCAUUAUAUUUCAUCGGUCAUGAAUCUUUGCUCAUCUCUAUCUGUUAUUGUAAACCAGAGCUUUGAUCAAGGAAAAGCAUACCGAGAACCGAAUUUCCAGUCCCAGUUCCAGUCCCAAGAUUCUUGUUUUUGGUCUGUAAGCAUGAUGACAUCCUCAGAUAUAAAAGUGAUGCAUCACUUUUUAACUUGCAAGGGCUACCCGCGAAGUAACACGGGGACAAGCCACUGCCUCCCAAGAACCUGGAAUGGCCCGCGCAUAUGGAGGAGUCCGCUCCCUCUUGCGGGGCCAUAUAUUCCAUACAUUCAACAACAAUGCUAUAUCGGGUGGGCACCGAGAAUAAGUGUCACCGACGGCACUCCCGUCCCAUAUUUUGUACUCGCUACAUCUCCUGCCUUCCCUUCCGUCGUCGCAGAAGCACGCAACCGUGUUGCGAAACAAGUUGUCGGAAACUUGGAAGCCAUAGAAGCAGCAGAGAACCCAUUUUGCAUUGAAAAGCCCCGCUCUCUCUCGGGAUCCUGACCAGACGAUUGGCACCGCAGGAAUAAUCCGACCCGGUUCCAAGAUGGCCGGUUUCCUCGGAUCCAG